UUGACUCGCACAAACAACAACAGUUUGGAUUAUAUUUUGUACACAUUUCGUAAAUUGACGUUCUAAUAGUUUUACUGAUUCAAAACUGUGCUCUGUUUAUUUGAUUAUUUAUAAAAUUGUUUACAAACCACAAUGAUGGACGAUGACAUUUUUCGUCAUUUUGACAGCAUGAUGCGAACAUUCAAUAGAAUGGAUAGUUUUUUCGACUUUGGUACACCAUUCCCUGGGCCUGGAGGUUUUGGUAGUUUUGGUGGUGCUCAUCCUGAUCCAUUUAAUUCAGGCUUUUCUAUGUUGGAACCUUAUCCUAGAAAUAGGUCACUCCGGGAUGAUUUUCUGGAACCAGGAGCUCAACCCAGGGGUCAAAUGGUACCCUUUAAUAAUGACCACAGGAUGGUACAUAACUUUGAUCCACAUGCUAAUUUCUUUGGUGAUGGACUUGGUUCAGAUCAAUCUCCUCAGCCCUUUAAAUCUUUUUUUCAAGUUAAACAGUUCAGUUCUGUCAUGAAUGGCGAUAAAAUUGAGACCAAGCGUAUUGAAACCGAUUCAAGUGGAAAACGAAUUGAGUCUCAUACAAGAACUCUCGGAGACAAAUCCUAUACUGUGACCUCUAAACGCGAUCCAACUGGAGAACAAGAGAUUGAAGAAGACCUUCUUAAUAUGGAAGAAAAAGAUUUAUCAGAGUUCGAUAAGAUGUGGAAAACAGGUUUUUCAUCUGAUUCAUGGUUUGGGCCUAGUCAGGGUCAGCUUCCUCGAUCUCCUUCAACACCUGAAAUAAGAGCUAUCGAAGAUACUCCGGUGGCAGAAAAUAAACAAAAAAGUUGGAAAGAAAAGCUACGAUCAUGGCUUCCAUUUUAAUUCAACACCUGUUCAAUAACUCGAUCAUAUUAUUUACUUUUGCAAAUUUUCAUUUGAAAUAUAUAUUUUUGUUUCUGUUAUAGAUGGAUCCUUUACAUGUUGUAAUGUAGGCAAGUCAAAAUUGUUCAUAAGUUUAAUAAAAUUACUU